AUGAAUCCCGGUCCACCUAACUACCCUAUGGCAUCAUUGUAUGUCGGAGAUUUACACUCUGAUAUUACUGAAGCCAUGUUGUUUGAGAAAUUUUCAACCGCUGGUCCGGUUCUGUCUAUUCGAGUUUGUCGCGAUAUGAUAACUCGUAGAUCUUUAGGCUACGCUUACGUAAAUUUUCAGCAGCCUGGCGAUGCUGAAAGAGCUUUGGAAGGUAUGAAUUUUGAUAUGAUAAAAGGGAGACCAAUUAGAAUUAUGUGGUCUCAACGUGAUCCAUCUCUUCGCAAGUCUGGUGUUGGCAAUGUGUUCAUAAAAAAUUUAGACAAGACUAUAGACAACAAAGCCAUGUAUGAUACGUUUUCUGCUUUUGGUAAUAUCUUGAGUUGUAAAGUUGCUCAAGAUGAAACAGGUGCCUCGAAAGGUUAUGGAUUUGUACAUUUUGAAACAGAAGAAGCUGCUAAUAAAUCAAUUGAAAAAGUCAAUGGAAUGCUUUUAAAUGGUAAAAAGGUAUAUGUAGGCAGAUUUAUUCCACGCAAGGAGCGUGAAAAGGAACUUGGUGAAAAAGCAAAACUGUUUACAAAUGUUUAUGUAAAGAAUUUUGGAGAAGAUUUUACAGAUGAAAUGCUGAGAGAAAUGUUUGAAAAAUAUGGUCGUAUAACAAGUCAUAAAGUCAUGUACAAAGAAGAUGGGAGUUCAAGAGGAUUUGGUUUUGUCGCAUUUGAAGAUCCUGACGCUGCUGAGAGAGCUUGUAUGGAGCUAAAUGGCAAAGAACUUGUGGAAGGCAAACCAUUAUAUGUAGGACGAGCCCAAAAGAAGGCUGAACGGCAAAAAGAAUUGAAGCGUAAAUUUGAGCAGUUAAAAUCAGAACGCUUGACUCGUUAUCAAGGUGUUAAUUUAUAUGUAAAGAAUUUAGAUGACACAAUUGAUGAUGAACGUCUUCGUAAAGAAUUUGCUCCAUAUGGUACUAUUACAUCGGCAAAGGUUAUGUUAGAAGAUGGUCGCAGUAAAGGCUUUGGGUUUGUAUGUUUUUCAUCUCCUGAAGAAGCCACGAAGGCAGUCACAGAAAUGAAUGGACGCAUUGUUGGAACAAAGCCUUUAUAUGUAGCUUUGGCUCAACGGAAAGAAGAUCGCAAAGCACAUUUGACAUCUCAAUACAUGCAGCGUAUGGCAAGCAUGCGUAUGCAACAAAUGGGACAAAUAUUCCAACCAGGUAGUGCAGGAGGAUAUUUCGUGCCCACUAUUCCUCCUGCCCAACGCUUCUAUGGUCCGGCACAAAUGACUCAAAUAAGACCAUCUCCUCGUUGGACGGCACAACCUGCAGUUCGACCUAGUACUCAAACUGCGGCUUCAGCAUAUCCCAACAUGCAGCCACCAUUCCGACCAGCACCACGUGGACCGACACAAGCAGCAUUGCGGUCAUCAAUGGGAGCUAGACCCAUUACAGGCCAACAAGGAGUAGCUACAGCUACAUCUAUUCGUGCUCCUAUUGUUCCUCAGGCUGGACGCCCUGCAGGCUACAAGUAUACUGCUAACAUGCGCAACCCGCCAGCUCCACAACCUGCUGUGCACAUACAAGGUCAAGAACCUUUAACUACAACUAUGUUAGCUGCAGCCCCACUUCAGGAACAAAAGCAAAUGCUGGGCGAAAGACUCUUCCCACUCAUUCAAAGAAUGCAUCCUGACUUAGCUGGCAAAAUAACAGGAAUGCUCUUAGAGAUUGAUAAUUCUGAGUUGCUUCAUAUGUUAGAGCAUGGAGAGUCACUUAAAGCAAAAGUUGAUGAGGCUGUUGCUGUUUUGCAAGCUCACCAAGCUAAACAGCAAGCCACCAAAAAAGAUUAG